UUAAAUGACUUGCAGGUGCAACCGAAAAUGAGGCUUUACAGUCGAUUGUGGAUAUCAUUGGUCAUUAUGGUAGUAGUUGCAACGAUUCCUCCAUCACUCGGUUCGACCUGCUCGAAACCAAUCAACCUUUUCAGAGAAGGAAAACUUCAACGCGUAGAUGAAGGUGAUGUCAACAUGAAUCUCUGUCCCAUUAAACAGACACCCGAUGGUCAAUUAGUUCAAACCAUUCUCAAGUUGAUCCAGAGAUCGGCGCCUAUCACUGUCUGUCCAGGACGAGCAAGCAAUGCGAACGAGUCGCGGAUAUUCGGAUGCCGUUUUCCAGAUAUAAACAUAACCGGAGGUUCAGCUACGGGGGCGGAAUCUUGGACAUUGGAUACCACUGUGGACGUUGGAAUUGAAGAUACCACAGUAAACCCGACAACCCCUUUACCCACUAAGGAAUGUCUCGACACCAACAGUACAUGCGAGCGAGGCUGGGACACCUUCGGCUGCAAGUGCUACAUGUUCAUUUCGAUCUGCAGGCACUGGACAUGGCAUUCCGACAAUUGUAAGAAUCAGUACAACGCAACUAUGUUGGUGAUCGAAUCGAAAGAAGAAAAUGAAUUCAUCCAUCAGGCAUACGGCCCAAUAGGGGAGGAUAUCUGGCUAGGGUGCUUUAGCGGAAAUAAUUCGUUGUAUUGGACCUGUCUUAAUACAGACGCAAAAUGGUCCGAUGAUCCUCAGCUGACCAACUAUACCAAAGGCUACUGGAACUGGUCUCCGAGUGAACCCAACGACGAUCACAAAGAGGAAAGGGUAUGUCUCCGUGUAAACUUUGGAUGGAGCCUUAUUAAAACACGUGGUAAAUGGAGGGAUCGAGCAUGUAAAAAGUUCUCCUACAAAUCUGUUUGUCAGAAAGAUCUUGAGUAAACCAUGGCUUCGUUUUAAAGAAUGACUAUAUACAGUGAUAUGUCCUGAUAGGAAAUUAUAGUAUAGUUGUAAAAUAACCUCGUUAAUUGAUCGAUUGGCCAAUUUAUUUGAUCAUCGUAAUUCAGACAUUGUUUGGAUACCAUCUUAAUUUCAAAAAUAUAAAAUUAUAGCUUUUUUCCUAAAACCAAGGAAUAUGGCACCCUACCGUUAUUCACCUCAGUCUAUGCAUCUUUUCUUCCUUUAUUUUACUUUAAUCCAACGAUGCUUGUAGGACCAUGCCUGUUCAUCGAUCAAUGGAAAUAUAAUGUAUGCUGCUUAAUAUCAUUUCCAAAUAAUUGCAGUGUUGCAACAGAGGAUGUGGUUUGCAGUCGCGUAAUGAGCAAAUAAUUUUGAGGGGGCCAGAUAUGGCAAAAUCUCAAGAAAGUUGCGAGCGAGCGAAGGUAUAGGGCAACCAUUUUUUAUCUUUAUUCCAAAAAUUCUAUUUUGCGAUAAACUUUGAUUUAAAAAUCAGAAAUCCAUAUCAUAUUCCACCCUUCUCUUUUCCCUUUUCUUUUUUAAAAUAUAAAUUCUUGGUCGUAAAUUUUAUUUUGUACGCCACUGGUGGUUUAGACCAGAAUAUCUUGGUUAUUCUUAAUCGAAUAGAAUUUAAACAUUCAAUAAUUUUAAAUUUUUCAUCGAAAUAUAAAAAUGAAAGACGAUUACCUUCUAAUUUUCGACUGCACACUUAAAUCUUCUUCAGGGAUAUGACCCGUCUGAUCACCGCUGAAAGUGAAGUAGUGGCGAAGAUAUUAGUCAUAAACUCUUGAAGUUGGAAAUGUGGAACCCUUCUCAAUGAUAAAUCAACGUACAUGAGAUUAGCCAAGCUACACAUCCGGACCAGUAUUUGAAUUUCCAAUCAAAUAAUCCACUUCAUAAAUUAGGUGUGAUCCACACUUUCUAGUAGUCACGGAACAAGGGAAAUCGUUGAAGAGAAUAGUCUCUAAUGAGUUUUCGAAGCGUCGAUCACGCAAGUGGGCUAUUGACAGAGUUUGCAGCCCGAAGAUCAACAAUAAGUCUUGUGUAAGAAUAAGUCUUGUGUUAGAACCACGAAAUGAUUAGCCGUUCUCUAUCAUACACCAAUGGACUAUCUGAAUCACAAAAACGAAACUUUUGUAAACAUGGAUUUAGAGUGUUGUUCAAACCAACUAGAUCUUUGAUUCAUUUCCAGCUCCAAACGACAUGACAAAUCGGAGGUACCUUACUGUUGUGUUAUAUAGGAUUCCUUGCCAAGGAAUAUCUUCAAGUGGCGUAUAUCCUAUAUCCUACAUAAGGGAAACAGAACAGUCCUAAAGACUAUAUUUUUGGAACAUCGUUGCACAAGCUCUUUGUCGUCGGAAGUUUCGCAGCACAUUGAAUCGCAGGUACAUACAGUGGACCGCGACAAACUGGAGAUCUAAAGGCCUUGUCACACCGCCAGAACUUUGCUGGAGCGUUCCUGGAGCGGUGAAAAAAAAAUCAUCACCGCUCGUUACCGUUCACCACCGUUCAACAGAAGUUGGCCCCCGUUAAGGCAACGCCUUAUACGCUCGGCCACCGUUGAUGGUCCCUCCUACCGCUCCGAAAGUUUUGAGCUGCACAAAAUAUUGCGAGCGGUGAGGAGUGGGCAAUUUUAAUUUCCAGCAAAGUUCACCACCGCUCCAACAACGCCCAGUCAAAGUUUGGCAUCGCUAGACGCAAGUUCGUGGACGCUUGGGUCCGCUAGGCCAACGCAGAAAUCUUGAACGCUGGACCACCGCUGCUUCGCCAGCUUUGCCCGGGCGUGGAUUAAACGUUGCCCAAACUUUGGUGGAGCGGUUGUAAGCGUUUUACGAGCGGACACGGGAUCGCUGGAACGGUGUCGGGCGUUGAAGCGCGAUUCAUCGCGGUGUUGAACUUUGGUUUGGCGUUAGUAUGGAGGUGUCGGAGCGGGACCAGCAUUUGGCUAUAAAUACGGGGAGAAAGGACCAGGAGCCCAUUUGGAAUCUAUCAGAACUUCUAUCAAAGAGAUCCGUUCACCUCCGUAGUCAAAAGCGGUAUGCCGCUAAACCAACUUUAAACCCCCGCCUAGCCAAAACCCGCAUGUACAGAACACCGCUCUAUCGACGCUCGCAUCACCGCUAAACCAACGCCCGCUCCCGCUCCCUACCGUUAAACUUACGAUAAAGCAGCGCCGGCUUCAGCGGUGCACCGCUAAGGUAACACUCGUGUUUUCGACCCCCCCCCCCCAUUUUGUGCACGGUGACGAGCGCUCCAACAAACUUCGGGCGGUGUGACCAAGCGUUUAGAAAGGGAGGACGGAUGGUUUGAUAGAGGAAUAGAGGAAGACAUCUACAUAACUAAGGCACACCAACAUUCGCUGAAUCGUGAUGGGGCGGAUACAACCGUCCAAUCCAUUUUAACCCAAUUCUUCGCCUUUACGUCCUUCCGGCGGCGAUCAAACUUGUAAUAUCCAUGAAGAAGACUGAAGUGUGCAGUCGAAAAUUUGGAGGAAAAUAAUCUUUACCGAUUUCUAAUCUUGCAUUUGGAUCAAGAGUUUAAAAUUCUUGUUAGUAAUUCCUAAUUAAUCAGGUAUUGUAUAUACUGCCUAAAAACAAAUUAUUUCUUUAUAAAGAGUUUUAUGAAUAAUAAAGAUAUUUUUUUCUGACCGCAAUUGUCUGUAUCAGUAAUAAGUAGAAUACUGAAUUCGGUGUUCAUUAUUGUGAUUAUUUAAAAUUAUUGCUUGAACGAUGUUAAUGACAUUAUUUGGGGCUAGCCUCGGUUUAAUAGCAUAUGUUAGCUCCAAUUAACAAUAGUUUUUGUUCAUAUAUAUUGUAGUAUUUCAUGUAAAUGUACCUGCUAGUGACAUUGUGGUAAGAAAUUCAUUUCAUUUUAAUCAUGUGAACAUGUAAUAGUUUAUUCUUCUAUAAUGUGCACAACAAGUCCUUCCUUAUUCAUUUCAUCAAAAAAGUGAACUACAUUACUCAAAGUCGGAUACAAGGAAAGCAUUCCUCUUGCGAUUUUCAAGCCGAUUCUUCAAAGAAUUUACAAAAAAUGCCAAGACCAUCUCUUCUGGUUGACUGGUCCAAGAACUAAUUAGGGCCCACUCGAUU